UCGUUCGGCCUUCAAUCGCGCAGCUUAGUUCCAUUCAGUUAGCGAAUAGUGACGCACAUGCGGGUUUCCACUGCGGUUUAUCAAGAACAUUGGAGCAUUGCAUAUUUUAUUGGUCAUUGCGAACAUUUCUAUUGAGUGAAUUUCGGUUGCGUCAGAUCCGACCGGCAUAAGAAUUAAACACGUGUUGCCAACAACCAUAAAUUGGCCAAGCAACUUUUGUUGCUGCUCAGUUGCCGGUUGACCGUUCGCUCAAGCUUACGCUCUCUCCGAAUCGGAACGGAAUCUGAAUCGGAAUCCGAAUUCGAGCCGUCGGAGCAAAGUACACGUCACCGUCAUAGCAACAGCGUCGUCGUCGCCUCAUCACGAGAUACGCAUUCAAAAGAAAGCAACUAACAAAAAAAAAAAAAAAAAAAAAAAAAAUAUAUUUUUUUGCACACUCAUAAAGUAUUCAUUAGUGAUUCAUUUGACGGCAAGUGGAAUAGCAUUUGUGGGCACAGUUUGAAUUGUGACGCCGGCGGAACAAGACGUUCCUCAAACGAGAUGGGCUACGAUGAAGUGAUUGUUCAGUUGGGCGAUUUCGGGCGCUACCAAAAGAUAAUCUAUCUGUUGAUCGCGCUCACCUCCAUUCCUGUGGCAUUUCAUAAGCUCGCCGGGGUUUUUUUGCUCGCCAAGCCGGAUUUCCGUUGCGCACUGCCCUCUGACCCCGCCAAUGCCAGCUAUGAUUUGCCCUCGCAGCUGAAGGAGCUCGCCUAUCCUAGCGAAAAGCACACCUGUGAAUAUUACCAACUGGCUGUGGAUGUCAAUGGCAGCUACUACAGGACCAGCAACGAGACGCAGCGUUGCAGCAGAUACAUCUUUGAUCAGUCCACGUAUCUCAACAGCGCCGUCACGGAAUUCGAGUUGGUUUGCGGACGUGGCUUUUGGGGUGCCACCAGUGAUGCCAUGUUCAUGGUGGGCGUGCUCCUGGGCAGCAUCAUCUUUGGCCAGCUGAGCGACAAGCACGGCAGAAAGCCAAUCUUCUUUGCCUCGCUGGUUAUCCAGGUGAUCUUUGGUGUGGCCGCUGGCCUGGCGCCGGAGUACUUUACCUAUACGCUGGCCCGCCUCAUGGUGGGUGCCACCACAUCGGGUGUGUUCCUGGUCGCCUAUGUGAUUGCCAUGGAAAUGGUGGGUCCCGCCAAGCGUCUCUAUGCCGGCAUCUCUGUGAUGAUGUUCUUCUCCCUGGGCUACAUGUUGACAGCUGCCUUUGCCUACUUUGUCCACGACUGGCGUUAUCUGCAGAUUGCCCUGACGCUGCCCGGACUGAUCUUCAUGUGCUACUACUGGAUCAUUCCGGAGUCUGUGCGCUGGCUGCUGUCCAAGGGAGACAAGGAGCGAGCCAUUAAAGUGAUCAAGAAGGCGGCGAGAUUCAAUCGCGUGGAGAUUACAACGGAGGCGUUGAUGGUGCUGCUGGAUGAGGGCGAUAGCUGCAAUCAGGAGCAGAAGCAAAGGGAGUUGGAGGGGGAUCAGGAGCAGCAGCAGCCGGCGAAUACACCCUCUGUGUGGGAUCUACUACGAUAUCCCAAUCUGCGACGCAAGACACUCGUCAUCUUCUUCGACUGGCUGGUCUGCACCGGUGUCUACUAUGGCUUGUCCUGGAGCACUGGCAAUCUGGGUGGCAAUGACCUGCUCAACUUUGUCAUCUCUGGCGCUGUGGAGAUACCCGCCUACUGUCUGCUCCUGCUGACACUCAACAGGUGGGGACGUCGCUCGAUUCUCUGCGGUUGCAUGUUGGUCGCCGGUGUCGGCCUCAUCCUGUCCGGCUUAAUGCCCAAGAGCCUGCACUGGCUCACUGUGACACUCGCCAUGAUUGGCAAGCUGGCCAUAACCGGCUCCUAUGGCACCAUCUACCUCUUCUCCAGCGAACAGUUCCCCACUGUGGUGCGCAACGUGGGCAUGGGAGCUGCCUCCAUGGUCUCUCGUCUCACUGGCAUACUGGCGGCAUAUUUGAACUCCUUGGCCCACAUUUGGCCAGCUCUUCCACUGCUUGUCUAUGGCUCCCUGGCGUUGGCUGCCGGAUUCGUGUCCUUGCUGCUGCCGGAGACGCUCAACAAGCCGACGCUGGAGACGAUUGCCGACGGCGAGAGAUUCGGCAGAAAGGAGAGCAAGGAUCUGUACGUGGAGACGGGCAAACCCAUGGAGGAGCAGCCCCUAAACGGUGUCCUGGCCAAUGGCAAAGGCCACAAAUUCUAGGAAAAAAAAGUAAAGCAAACUCACAAGCAAUUCUCGAACUUUGGAGUCGACUUGCGAAUGCCCUACGCGAGAAUCUAGGUAGCUACAGAAUUAAUGAAUGACUGUGGGUACUCAUUUAUUUAUCCAACUUUACAUUUAACUGCUGCUUGGACCAACCUAAGCACAUUUUCCUACAUUUAGUUCCAUGAAAAACGACAAAAGACAAAGUAUUAUAUUUCAGAAAUCUCAUAUGCAUGCCAAAACAAAAAAAAAAAAUGAAAUGAAAAAAAUAGAAAAAUGAAUUGAAAGCAGAGCAUAGAAAAAUCUGUGGCACGACGGGGGUGGAUUUGUUUUGACCAUUUCGACAAUACCUGUAUUAUCCCUUUCAAGGGGGAUUAAAUAUAUUUCAGGGACAGCACACAGUGUGAUCCCAAUCAGUGCUCUCUUUGUUAAUCCCGACUA